CAGAUUUGACCUAGACCAGGAAGUAAAAUACCUGUCUCGUCAUGUUGCCGAGUGGAGGAUUCUCUUAAAAUCCAUCAAGCUGCCCGACCAUGUUUCCACGCACUUGGGCUCAGGAUGUGUUACGGUGUCAUCUCUGUGAGACCCCGGGCCCCCCUAUGUACUGCGACAUUUGUCACAUACAUCUGUGUAAAGCCUGUGUUGGGGAACAUAUCUCCGAUGAAUCCAAAGAUCACAAAGUAGUGCCAUUUAAAAAAAGAGGACUAAAUCCUAAAUGUUCAAAACAUUCCACACAAUUAUGUGACCUUUACUGUGAAUACUGUGGUGUUCCUAUUUGUGUGGAGUGUGUUUCUUCUCGAGAACAUCUAGGACAUGAACAAGUUGGCAUUUUGAAAAUGCUAGAUACUAAAAAAGAAGCUUUACAAAGAGAUUUGCAAGAAUUAGAAAAUACCAUUUAUCCUAAAUAUCAAGAGAUCGCAUCUAACAUCCCAGUUCAGAAAACUGAUCUUAAGGAAAACUCCAAGAAAUUAACAACAGCUAUUGACAAACAUGGAGAAGAACUGCAGAGAGAAAUAAACAUUGCUGUCAGAAAACUGAAAUCUGACGUGGUUGAAAUAGAUUCCAAACAUCUGGUUGUCUUAAAUAAGAAGGAAGAUGAAAUCAAAUGCAGUAUUUCUGAAAUCACACAGUGCAUUGCUGAUCUGAAGAAGUUACUGAACUCCAAUGAUGUCAGUCAUUUAUCUGCUUACAAAUCCAGAAAUGCUGAAUUUAGAAGAUUGCCUCCUAAACUCACAGUUUCCUUACCAAGAUUUACCCCUCAGAAGAUUAACAAAGAACAGAUUUAUCAUCAGAUCGGUUCUCUGUCAGCAUUAUCUAUCAAAACAGAACAUGGCUACACAAUGGAUUCUGCCGGUGCUGAGUCCUCUGCCCCAAUUAGACCACUCAUUGAUGUACCACGCAUCAUCACAGAAAUAAGCACAGAGUAUGGAAAACCUAAUGAAUUACGCAAUGUGUCCUGUCUGAGUGAUGAUGAAGUAUGGACGAGUGGUAAGGACAACAUGAUGAGACUCUACAACCUCCAUGGUAAACUAGUGAAGUCCAUCCAAACCAAGUCAGGGGACAGACCAUGGUACAUAGCAGUGACACAGAGUGGUGAACUAGUUUAUACCGAUGCCAAUUAUAGAACUGUGAACAUAGUGAAGAAUACACAGAUACAGACAGUGAUCAGACUUCGGGGGUGGUAUCCUCUCAAUGUCUGUAGUACCUCCUCUGGUGACCUCCUGGUUGUCAUGAUCACUGAAGAUGAGAAUCAAUCAAAAGUUGUGCGUUACUCUGGCUCUACAGAGAAACAAACAAUUCAAUACAGUGACAAAGGACAACCUCUCUAUUCAUCCCUUAAUUUAUACACUAAAUACAUCAGUGAGAACAAGAACCUAGAUAUCUGUGUAGCUGACCAUGGCGUCAGAGCAGUAGUGGUGGUCAAUCAGGCCGGCAAACUACGGUUUACAUACACUGGUCCUCCCUCUACUACCAAGGAACCAUUUAGUCCAGUCGGCAUCACAACAGAUAGCCAGAGUCGGAUCCUGACAGCAGACGAAAACAACAACAGUAUCCACAUCCUGGAUCAGGACGGACAGUUCCUCCGCUACAUUGACAACUGUCAAUUACAGUAUCCAUUUGGGUUAUGUGUGGACACCAGAGACAACCUCUUUGUGGCUGAAUAUGAAACAGGUGAAGUGAAGAAAAUCCAAUAUUACAUCAAACAUGUUAACAAUUGA